UUUUGAAUAACCCAAAAUGCUAACUCAAAUUCGAAUUUCGCUGGGACUCCUCCUGCUCUGUAUUUCUGUGACCAAAGCCAACAAUUACUUGUCCGAGAAACCCAAUUUCUUAACACCCUGCGUUGUGGAGGAUCCCAACUUCAACAGGUGUCUGGCGGGCAAUCUGCAAGGGAUGCUGGUACAGUUUAAGGAUGGUUUGCCCGGCACAAAUAUAGUGGGACCAUUGGAUCCAUUGUUGGUGAAGCGUAUCAAACUCUCACAAAAUGCUGACGCCAUUUCUGUCAAUGCGGAUUUGCAGAACGUUUAUAUCACUGGUGCCAGCCAAAUAGCCGUGCAAGAGGCCAGUUACAAUCCCACAAAGUAUGUGGCCAAAGCUCUAGUGGUGCUGCCAAAACUUCGUUUUGAUUUUGACUACAAGGUGAAAGGACAUGUACUGGCCCUAAAUCUCAAUGGUCAUGGCAAGGGUGGCUUCCAGGCCGAGAACGUUGUGGCUAGCUUCGAUAUGAUAGUCAAACCGCGAACCACAGCCGAAGGCACUUUUGCCGAUGUGCAGCGCGUGAAAGCACAUUUCCGAGAUGUCGGAAAUUUUAAUGUUAAGCUGUACGAUCUAUUUGGAGAAAAUGCGGAGCUGGAUGCAACUGCUCAUAUGCUCUUCAACGGUAACUGGCGUCAGUUCUUCUCUAUUUUGAAGCCGACCCUCGAACAGACCUUUGAGGCAGUAUUACUAGAUCGCACCAAGAAAAUAUUUAAUUAUGUGCCGGCCACCUACUUUAUCGAGAAUUUUCAUUAAUAUAUUCGCUGGCGAAUUAAUACUUAAUACUCAAUAAUUAACCGAACCAUUAUACAAAUAUACC